AUGGCUACUACCAGCGCUGGAUCCAGCGAUCCUACUGCUAAUAGACCACAAACGAAACGACCUAAGUACUCAAAGUUUACACAACAAGAACUUCCAGCAUGCAAGCCUAUUCUUACACCACAAGCAGUUAUUUCGGCUUUCUUGAUUGUUACUGUCGUAUUCAUUCCUAUUGGAGUUGUUUCGCCUAUUGCUUCACGAGAUGUUGUUGAAAUUGUUGAUAGGUACGAGGAUGCAUGUGUACCGUCAAAUUGGACGGACAAGGUAGCGUUCAUUCAGAGUAAUGCUGAUAAAACUUGCACAAGGAAGCUGGAAGUGCCAAAGCGUAUGAAGUCUCCUAUCCAUGUUUACUACCAACUUGAUAACUUCUACCAAGAUCAUCGCUGCUCCAACAACCCACCACCUAGAGCAACAUGCCAAAGUUGUGCCGAUGGUGGAGUACUUGGAGUAGUUCCUGGUAUAAUUGGCUGUCUCCAAGCUCUUAAGGCGAUUAAGGUUGCUGCUUCUGUUGGUGAACCACUCUCUGGAAGGAUGCUUCUCUUAGAUGCAUUGGUUGCACGGAUCUGUAUUAUUAAAAUCAGAGGAAGGUCUUUGCAAUGUGAAGCUUGUGGAGAAAAUGCAAUAAUGAAUCAGCAGUACUUUAGAGAAUUUGAUUAUGAGAAGUUCACUCAAACUCCCUUGUCUGAGGCUCCGUUGAAGUUAAAUCUACUUCCCAGUGAGUCUAGAAUCAGCAGCAAGAAGUACAACGAAAUCAUUCUCAACAAGGUACCACAUGUUCUUGUCGAUGUUAGACCAUCUCAUCAUUUCAAGAUUGUGUCCCUUCCAAAUUCCGUCAAAGGCGUAACUUUCUUGUUACAGCACCAGCUUCCUCAGGCCAACCGACAGGAAUCAACAUCCCAACGGUUGCACAUCAUCAACAUCAUCACCUCGCCGGCACAUACUCCCUCCAUUUGCGCACUACAGCCCCCUCGCCGGCACGUACUCACUCCAUUUGCGUCCUACAGCUCCGGCCUCCUUCAACCUCUUCAAUUCUCCAAUUCUCUAAUUCUCCAAUUCUUGAGGUAA